AUGACGUCGGCAGCGCCGUUUCCAUGGAGCUGGUUACCCUGGUGACGCGUCCUCUUCCUUCUAAAGGACGGAGUGAACCCAACCGGUUAAGUGAUCCGAAGGGACGAGCGACCGGGCGUACUGCUCAGGGUCAUCAUGGAGUCAGACGCCGCAGUGAACGAGAACCUGAGGCUGCAGUUCAGAGCGCUGCAGGAGCAGCAGCAGAAGCGUCUGCAGAGACGGAUGGAGCGCAAGAGAGAGAAGUACGAGGGCGACACGAAGCCCGACGCGUUUGGUGUACAGGACGAGCUGAACCUGCUGCAGACUGACGCAGAGGCCUCCCAGGAGACAAGAAGCAGGCUUCUGGAAGAUGAGAACGAGCAGCUGCAGGGCCAGAUCCGGGAGCUGCAGGAUGAGAACGGCCGGCUCCACAAACUUCUCAAGGAGAAAGAGUUUGAGAUUAAACGUCUGAGAAAGAAAGUAGAAGACAACAAGAUAGCGCUGGCAGGGACGGCUGGCCUGUCUGGAGACGUGGCAGCCACAAAAAUCGUAGAACUGUCCAAAAAGAAUCGGGAGCUGACUGCUGAAAUGGAGAGGGAGAAAAGCAAAGUGCGUCAGCUGGGAAACAGAGUGAAGGAGCUGGAGAGAGAGCUUCAGAACUCACAUGAUCCUGAAUAUUCCGGGAAAGACUCGGGAUCUGAGCCGAAAGUCUCCCGCUCUGCAGAAGGAACCCCGACGGACGGCGCAGAGAUGAAAGCGUUACAGGACAGGCUGGCGGCUGCCAACCUUAAACUGACCGAAUAUCGCAACCAAAUCCAGACCACACGGCAGGAGAUGAAGAUGGCGCACAAGGUGUUGGUCAGCGAGGUCGGUGAGGAUGUGAACAUUUCGCAGCUGCUGUCUUCAGCGGGCGGCUGGAGGGGGCGAGCACAACAGAUACUUGCGUUACAAGGCAGGGUGCGGGAGCUGGAGAGUCAGCUGGGACAGGCGAGGAGUCCGGCCUCCGAGCUCAGCCUAGAAGAGGAGAUGUUGGGCAUUUCUGUACCAAGGAGACUCGCUGCUCAAGACAAGAACUUAUUUAGGAUCCGCAACCUGGAGAAGGAGAGGAAAGAAACCUCCGAGAGGCUGACGGGAGAGCACGACGCUCUUAAAAAAGACUACGAGGAACUGAAAAAGAAGUUUGAGGGCUCAAAAGCCAGGAGCAAGUCCUUGUCUAAUGACCUGAAGUCCCUGAAGAUGCAGAUGGUGACGCUGCUGGAGAAAGGGAAGCACGACGACGAGCUGAUCGACGCUUUACUGAGCCAGCAGAAGAACUUGCAGGAGAUCCUAAACCGCCUCAGUCAGCAGGAGCAAAAGCAGAAAGAUUCCCAGCAAACCCUGAGCGGGCGGCUGAACAGCGAGAACCAGAAACAGAACUCCCUGGUGACCCAGCUGAAGCAGAUGGUGGCCGAGCGGGAGGCGAAGGUGAAGGAGCUGGAGGAGGAGGUGCAGCAGCUGACGCUGAAGAGCCCUCCUGAAAAGCAAAUGAGAAGUAAAAGUUUUGACACCAAAACUGCAUCAGAGAUGAGAUCUGAGAUCCGGGGGCCUUUGCGGUCACUGUCAGACAGUGGGGAUUCCCUCAACUCGGCCAGGACGGUAUUAAAACUGGGGCAUGAACUAGUGGAGACAGCGCAGGCCUCUUCUACGGUCAUCAGCACGCGAUCCUCACCACGCAGGUGUGACAGCUCGGAGCUGAGGGUUUGGCAGACACAAGCUGCAGAGUUCAGAGCGCUGUGCCAGGCCGCCGAGGUGGAGAGAGACCGCCUGGUGGAGUUUGUGUCUGUCCUGCAGAAGAGGGUGGAAGAAAGCAGCAAAAAAGCCCUGGAGGCCGAGAAGCAGCUUCAGGAGGAGAGGAAACGCUCAGUCCUCCUGGAGCAGCAGCUGGAGAAGCUGAAAAUGGAGGCAGGCAAGAACGGAACUACACAAAAGCUGUCUGCUCGCGGCAAGGCCGCUCAGUCUCUAAGCACCUCCAGACACUUCCUGAAUGAAUGGAGCGAAUUAUCAUCUAAUGUCCCCCCGGAGACACAGAUAGAGGAGCUCAGCACCAAGCUCGCCAUACAAGUCGAUGAAAAUGACGCUCUGAAAAUGGCCCUGAAGAACGCGCUGAAGACCAAGGAGGACGACCUGAGGCUCUACCAUGACAUGAUCACCCAGGUGAAGCAGAUCUUUCUCCAGGCCCUGCGGCAGUACAAGCAGGAACGCGGCGCCCUCUAGCGUCCCAGAAGGUGACAGCCCCCGGAUGCUGAUGUUCAGGACUUCUCUAGUUCCCUGAGAAGUAUCCAUGGACCUCUCACAUCGGCGUACUGUGUCUGAACCCAUAGAAGCGCUUUAGACGUAGACGGGACAGUGUGACAUCAUUGACUGCUGGGAGCCCCCUCUCACACAGGGCAGUUCCCAAUAAAGGGGGAUGUACAACUAUAAGUCACAGUCCUCACAUGAUUGAUGAGUGGCCCCAGCUCCGGUUGGCCCUAUUCUGGUUACCACUGAGCGGCAAGAUCCUCUUUCUCCCUCCUGAGACUCAGGAACACCAAAGAAUAGAGGGGGGUCACUAACCAGGGGGUGGCAUGUUCUGCUCUGCAUGGUCCUGGGUGUGGUUUUUUUAUUUAUUUUUAUGCGCCAACACGUCUAUGGCAUCAUCGGUGUGUAGUACACAGGUCAGUGACCUGCUAUAUAUACAUUAUAUGACAGGACGGACUACUAGAGAAUCCCAUGACUGCCAAUCGUACA